UUCAAGAUGUCGGCGCCCAAUGUUGCACAAUUAUAAGUCACUUCCACAAUAUAACUUGAUAAUUACUGAAACAGUGAGUAAUACGGCAACAUCAUACUCUUGACCAUCAUCAACAAAUACGUUGGAAAUUUAAAUCAAAACAAUGGCCGAGACUGUGUUAGAUAUUAAUGAGAUCCUUCCUGAAUUUCCAAAUCUAUAUCUGGGAAGUUGGAGUGCAGCAAAAGAUAUUAUCAGACUAAAGGCAAGGGGAAUAACACACAUAUUGACAGUGAAUAACUCGCCUCUUCCAAAGUCUGUUAGUGAACAGUUCAAGUACAAGUUCAUUCAUGGGUUUGAUCUCGAGUUCACAGACCUGCUUAACUACUUUGAAGAAUGCAUCAAGUUCAUUGAUGAAGGGAUCAGAUAUGGUUCAGUUCUGGUACACUGCUUGGCAGGCUGUUCUAGAAGUGCUACCAUGGUGAUUGCGUACAUAAUGAAAAAGAAACAGAUGGGGUAUGGUGAGGCGCUGGGAAUAGUCCGUCGGAGCAGAUCCAUAGUUCACCCUAAUGAAGGAUUUAAAGAACAGCUUCUCCUAUAUCAAGAAAUGGAGAAUAAGAUUGAUACAACCAAUGAAAGAUUUCGACGAUAUCGCCUCAAAAAACUGGCUUUAAAAAUUCACAGCUAUGAUUUAGGUGAAACUUUCAGUCCAGAGGAGCUGACAGCUAAUCCAUCAGAUUCGGAUAACAAGGCAGAUAUAGUCUACAAAUGUCGGAAAUGCAGGCAGGCUUUAUUUAAAAAGUCUGGUUUAAUUUCACACAAUGUUGGUGAGGGAGAAGCUGCCUUUGAUUGGAGAAGUAAGAUCCCAUCCAAUAAGAAAGAGACAGUUGAAGGCAGAGAGAGUACUACUGUCUGUACCCAAUCCCUAUUCAUAGAACCAGUACGGUGGAUGGCUGAAUCUAUAUCGGAACCUGUGGGCAAGGUGUCUUGUCCAAAGUGUAAUUCUAAAAUUGGAUCAUUUGUAUGGCAUGGGGAGAAAUGUCCCUGUGGAGCCUGGGUAGCACCAGCCUUUCACAUUCGUGCUAACAAGGUUGACGAGAGUAAACCAUUUGUACUGCUGGCUAAAUGAAGAUAUUACAAGGUGGAUAAUUUCCUGUUUUCAUGGACAGUGAGAAAAUUCAUUAAUUGUCUGAGGCAGUCCUUUGAGACACCAAACAUUUAAAUUGUGAUUGGCAAAAUAUUAAAUUAAACAACAGCGGAAUAAAACAUAGAAUUAUAUAACAUGUAGCAUAUAUUUUGUCAACCUUGGACAUUAUCGACUGGUUGUAUUAAAAUUACAGGCACUUGCAGUGAAGUGGAGUAUAUAUCAUUGAUGGACUGUGAGAGAGAUGUGAAUGAGACAACCGUCAUACAGUAGUGUUGAGAUGGAAGUCUUAUGCAAUGUAAUAUUAUUACCUGUCAUAUGAUGGAAUUGUUUGAUAUUAUUAUAAAAAUUUGUUCAAAAUUUCCGUUGUGAAGUGCAAUACUGUAUAUCAGGCCAUUCAAGUGUGAAGAGAAUUUCACAAAUUUAAGUAAAAAAAAUCAUAUUUUCGUGUAUGUAUCUCAAUGCUCAUGCUGUAACAUAAGUGUGUAGUAUUUUUCUAUAUGAGCAUGUACAUGAAAUCAAACUUUUGCAUUCUAUGUUUGGGAGAUUUUAUCAUUUUAAAAUUACCGUACCACAAAUCUAUCAAAAAAAACUGUGGUAAAAUUGCAGUCAUAAAAUUCCAUAAAUACUGUAAGUGUAUAAGUUUGAAAAGAUUUUUAAAUUUUGAUGAAUUAUUUUCCCGACGGCUACUUCUCUUACCAGAAGCAGGGUUGAGGCCAUGUUUAUGUCAUUAUCAUGCAUACCGGUAUGUGUGUUCACAAGAUGUCACAAGAGCAGAAUCCAAUGAAUAGUGACUGUAUCUCUGACUUGGUCAAAGGUCAGAUUAAACAAUAAACGUGUUGAGUGUUA